AUGACCCAAACCACUCGCGCAUUUUCGCGCACGCUUCACUCGGCCCCAACCCCAUCUUGCAAAGCCAACUCACAAACCUUCCAACCGGAACAGACGACAGAGCCCAGCAACUACGUGGUUUCCUCACCGGACCUUCACACGACAAUACUGCAAGGUCCAGUUGACUGUGCCAACAUGGCGUCGUCAAGGCAUCAGUCAAACUCGCCUGAAGCCGGCGGCAAUUAG